CAAAAAAUAAUUGGAUCUUGCAGUUUUCCGAGUUUUCGCUGUACAAACUUUAACAUUCAAAAAAGUCUCCGCAGAUAGCUUCUCCGGAAGGUGCACAAAAUUGCAGCCUAAUUCUGAUUCAAGAAAUUCAUGAUUUGAAAAUUUGCACCACCUUCAUGAUCAUUAUAAGUAUCAUUCAGAAAUCUCUUUUACCGGUCUUGUUAGUACUGCUACUAAUGCUAUCAUUAUCCCAUUGGUAAAAGUCUUUCACAUUGCAACCCCCUUGAGUCUUUAUAUCAUCAUGUGGGUUCAGUUGAAAUUCAUACCCUGUUGACCAAAAAUUCUGAAAUUCAUACUCUGCAACUCCUUUUGGCCUUUCAUUUUGUUUCCUCCUUUCGGCAUGUGUAUACUUCUUCCCAUAAAUUCUUCUGGCCUCUGUGCCUUCUUCACAGUUGCCUUGCCAGCGUGUUUAAUUAGAUACAUAAGAUGCCACGGACAAGGGCAAAUGCUAAGCCAGUUGAAGUGGAAAAGCCAAGUGAGCCUGAAAAGCCAGUUGAGUCUGAUGAGAAAGUUGAUCUUGAUGAGGACAAUGAUCCUGAGGAGGUGAUGGAAGAAGAGGUUGAGUACGAAGAAGUAGAGGAAGAAGAGGAAGUUGAAGAAAUAGAAGAAGAGGUGGAAGAAGUAGAGGAGGAGGAAGAAGAGGAGGAGGAGGAGGUGGAAGAAGUAGAAGAAGAGGAUACUGAUAAUGCAAAUGGACCUGAUGACGAGAUGAAGGUUGAAGAUGAGGACGAGAAAAAAAAACAUGCUGAACUUCUUGCCCUUCCUCCACAUGGUUCUGAAGUGUACAUCGGUGGCAUUCCCCAUGAUGCUUCAGAGGAGGACUUGGAGCUUUUUUGUGGAUCUAUAGGGGAAGUUACAGAGGUUCGGAUUAUGAAAGGCAAAGAUUCUGGUGAGAACAAGGGCUUUGCAUUUGUGACCUUUAGAAGUGCAGAAUUAGCUUCUAAAGCCAUUGAUGAGCUGAAUAGUACUGAAUUCAAGGGUAAAAAAAUAAAAUGUUCAACAUCUCAAGCAAAGCACCGUUUGUUCAUUGGUAAUGUUCCUAGAAGCUGGGGAGAGCAGGAUCUAAAGAAGGUUGUCAUGGAAGUUGGGCCUGGAGUUACUGCUGUGGAACUUGUUAAGGAUGCAAAGAAUCCAAGCAAUAACCGGGGCUUUGCUUUUGUUGACUACCAUAACCAUGCAUGUGCUGAGUAUUCAAGGCAGAAGAUGAUGAAUCCCAAAUUUAAGCUAGGUGAUAAUGCCCCAACUGUGAGCUGGGCCGACCCUAAAAAUGCUGAUUCUUCUGCUGCUUCACAGGUGAAGGCAGUAUAUGUGAAGAAUUUACCGAAGAAUGUUACCCAAGACCAGCUAAAGAAGCUAUUUGAACAUCAUGGGAAAAUCACAAAAGUGGUUCUGCCACCCGCAAAAUCUGGACAGGAAAAAAGUAGAAUAGGUUUUGUACAUUUUGGGGAGAGGUCAAGUGCCAUGAAGGCGCUGAAGAAUACAGAAAAAUAUGAACUUGAUGGCCAAGUUUUGGAGUGUUCUCUUGCAAAACCACAGGCAGAUCAAAAGUCUGGGGGAUCAAAUUCACAGAAGGCAGGACUGCUUCCAAGUUAUCCACCUCGUGUUGGUUAUGGUUUGGUUGGUGGUCCCUAUGGUGCUCUUGGUGCAGGAUAUGGUGGUGCAGGAUAUGGUGCCACAGGCUUUGCACAGCCCAUGAUGUAUGGGAGGGGACCAACUCCUUCUGGUUUGGCAAUGAUGCCAAUGCUUUUGCCUGAUGGACGGAUCGGAUAUGUUCUGCAACAGCCAGGAGCACAGCCACAUACUCCACCUUCACAUCCGAGAGGAGGUGGCAGGGGUGGGGGUGGGGGUGGUGGUGGUGGGAGUGGCAGCAAGAGUAGUGGCAGUUCAAGUAGGGGAAGGCACAGUAAUGAUGGUGGUCAUGGGCGCAGGUAUCGCCCAUAUUAGUUGCAGGUUAACUGCUAAAAAUUAUACAUCAGAGAGUGUGCAUUAAUGUCAAACCUUAAGAUCAUUCAAGAUCUGAAUUUAACAGUGUCAUCUUCUUCAUUGAGGCGUGUAGUGUUAUUAUUGUACUUUGUCAGUGAUUAUUACAUUUGACAUUUGUUAGUUUUGUUAAGCUGUUUUAUUCUGUUUUAAUUUUGAUUUAUAAGCCCUCAGUCCUUUCUGCUUA